AUGCCAACUGUUUCAGUUAACAAACAACAAUUGUUUGAUCUUUUAGGUAAAAACUAUACCAAUGAUGAAUUCGAUGAGUUAUGUUUUGAAUUUGGUAUCGAAUUGGAUGAAGAUACCACUGAAGAAGCUUUAAAAAAUAAUGAAGAACCAGAAUUGAAAAUUGAAAUCGGUGCUAACCGUUAUGAUUUGUUAUGUAUUGAAGGUAUUUCUCAAUCUUUAAAUGAAUAUUUAGGUAGAGCAGAAACUCCAAAAUACAAAUUGUCUAAACCAACUACUCAACUUAUUGUUGAUCAAUCAACUGAACAAAUUAGACCUUAUGCUGCUUCAGCUGUAUUGAAAAAUAUUAAAUUCACUGAAAAAUCAUAUGCUUCUUUCAUUUCUUUACAAGAUAAGUUGCAUUCUAAUUUGUGUAGAAACAGAACUUUAGUUGCUAUGGGUACUCAUGAUUUAGACACUAUUGAAGGACCUUUCCAUUACCGCGCUUUACCUCCAAAGGAUAUCAAAUUCGUACCAUUGAAUCAAUCUAAAGAAUUCAAUGGUGAAGAAUUGAUUCAAUUCUACAAUUCCCCAGAACAAAAGAGUAAUUUGGGUCGUUUCACUCAUAUCAUUGAAAACUCUCCUGUUUUCCCUGUGAUUAUGGAUAAAAAUGAUGUUAUUUGUUCAUUGCCACCAUUAAUCAAUUCUGAACACACUAAGAUUAAAUUAGAAACACGUAACGUCUUAAUUGAUGUCACUGCUACUGACAAGACAAAGGCUGAAAUUGUUAUUAACAUUUUAGUAUCUAUGUUUUCCCGUUACUGUGAUGAAGAAUUCGUUGUUGAACCAGUUGAAAUUGUUUCUGAACACAAUGGUCAAACUCGUAUGUGUCCAAACUUUACAGAAAGAAAGAUGGAUGUCUCAAUGAAAUACAUUAACUCUUGUUUGGGUCUAGAGUUAUCCCCAGAAGAAAUCGCUGGUUGUUUAAAGAAAAUGUCCUUGCACGGUGUUGCUUCUACAGAAAAUAAGGACGUCAUGCAUGUUAACAUCCCAAUCACUAGACCAGACGUCUUACAUCCUUGUGAUAUCAUGGAAGAUGCUGCUGUUGGUUAUGGUUACAAUAACUUACCAAAGGGUGAAAAAUUAUCUAACGCUAACUUUAUCUCAUCUCCAUUACCUAUUAAUAAGGUUUCCGAUAUUUUUAGAACAGCUUCAGCUCAAGCAUCCUGGUUAGAAGUUUUGCCAUUGACCUUAUGUUCUCAUGAUGAAAACUUCAAAUUUUUGAGGUUAGAAGAUGAUGGUAAAAAGGUUGUUAAGUUGGCUAACCCAAAGACAUUGGAAUAUCAAGUUGUAAGAACCAGUUUGUUACCAGGUAUUUUGAAGACAGUCAAGGAAAACAGAAAGCACUCUUUGCCAAUUAAGGUUUUCGAAACAGGUGAUGUUGUCUUCAAAUGUGAAGCAAUGGAAAGAAAGGCAUACAACGAACGUCAUUGGGGUGCUAUUUACGUAGGUAAAAACUCUGGUUUCGAAAUUAUACAAGGCUUGCUAGGUAAGAUUAUGCAAACUUUUAGAACACAAUGGUUAAUUGACUACGGUGCCAACAAUGUUGGAAGGGGUUACUGGAUUGAACAAGAUGAUACUAUUCGUACUUACUUCGAAGGUAGAGGUGCCAAGAUUAUGUUCAGAGCUAAGGAAGGUGAGCAACCGCAACAAAUUGGUCAUUUGGGUGUCCUACAUCCUGAAGUCUUGAACAAUUUUGACAUUCCAUACGCUGCCUCAUAUGUAGAAUUAAACUCUGAAGUCUUUUUGUAG